AUGAAAUUGUUUAUUCAUUUCCUUCUGCAGGUAGACAUAUGCCAGAUGGGUUUGGAUCAAAGAAAGGUGAAUAUGCUUGCUAGAGACUAUUGUGAGGCCAGCAAAAGGAAUAGCAGGCCAAUUAUUCUAUCACGCCAUAUGUCGUCUGGUAUUAAAGAAGGUCAGCAAAAAAUGUCAAAGAGCGAUCCAUCCUCGGCUAUUUUUAUGGAAGACAGUGAGUCUCAGGUGAAUGAGAAGAUAAGACUGGCUUUCUGCCCUCACAAAGUUACUGAAGGAAAUCUAUGCUUGGAGUACAUCGAGUACAUAGUCUUGCCCAAGUCUGGAAGGUUUGCUGUGCUUUGCAAGGAAACUGAUGGCAGUAACAGCCUGUUCGCGAUCACUUUGAAAAGCAUCCUGACGCCCAAGCUCUGCUUGAUACUGUCAAGGCGUACAGAAGAACCGGUGGGUCUCAAAUGCAGAGUGGAGGUGAUCAUACCAGCAAGGAACCUGAACGCCGUAGUGCCUGAACCAUGUGUCGAUUCUGCAUCAUCACCCAUGAUCGGGUGUAAAACUUGUGGCGUUCUUUAG